CAUUCGUCCAGAACGAUUCGCAGAGUUGUUAUUGUGAUUUUAUACGUAGAAAUAAGAAACGCAUGUAUUUUUUGAUAUAUUAUUUUUUUCCCAUUCAUUCAACAUUUUGCAGUUAAACUGCUUUGAAAAGACUGAAUACACUAGUUUUGCAGUAAAACCUGUUUUAAGGUUAGAAUAAAUAAUGUCGAAUAUCCCGGAGAAAUAUGAUGAUGAUUUAAAGUUGAUUCAUAAUAUUUGCCUGUUCAACAAAGAUCAAAAGGCAUUUAAUUGUGAACUUGAGCAAUUUGAUAAAAAUGCAUUGCGAGCAUACAUUGUUUUGGCAUCGUAUAUCGAUCAAAAAUCACCGUUAGUCGCUGCAUUCGACAAUUUUUCACAGCUGCUAACCGUUUUGGUGCCGGAUCGAUUUUUUUCCAAAUUGAAUGAAUCCAAAAAGCUGCUGGACUGCGAUAAAAACUUGAGCACAUAUCUAAUCGACGCAUUUGAAGUAAUGGCUAAUGCAACAAAUUGUGUAAAAACGGAACAAUUUUACGUGAAUUGCCAUGCAAAUCUACGAAUUGCAUUAAAAAAUGAGCACCCCAAUGUGAUAUCGAUUUAUCUACAAAUUCUACAUCGAUUGGAUCGAGUUUUUGAAACAAAAACUCCAAUUGAAAUAUUGAAAACAAUUAUUGAAGCCGUUCAUGGUCCAAUCAAUGAUGUAAAACUGUUAAACGAAGCAUUGCUUUUGAUCGAAUCGAAUCUACAACAGCGACAUAACCUCGCUGACCAAUCAAUGGCCAAUGCGCAACUAUUGAAUUUCAUGUGGCAAAAUUUGUGCUCAUCAAGAGUGGCAAAACAUCAAUGCAACAUUUGCUAUACCAUCAUUUCACAGCUCAUUAAAAUCUACAUCAAGGAAUGUCAAGUGAAUGAAUCAUUCUGUAAUUCAUUCUUAUCCAGUGAAAUUUGGCAUUUUAUUCGUGCUGCCAUUGAAUCGAAGGAGAUGGUUCGACGCAAACAAGCAAUUUAUAUAUUGCAAAAUAUUUUGGAAACAAAUCAAAAAGAAAUUAUGAACACCGACGACAUAAGCGAUGCCACCGAUACGGAUUUGCAGAAUAUUUGGAAAAAUUACUUUGCCAUAUUGGAAAGUUUGCUGGAAAUUCAAUGCCAUUUAAUAAUAUCCUGUUUGGAACAAUAUCUCGAUGGCAUUGUUAAAUAUUUACCACAAUUUUGGUAUUCAAUCAUAUUUGCAUUGAUUUUGAAGCAUCAUAACAAUGUCGUCAUUCACUAUGGCAUCGAAUUCAUUUUGCAUCGUGGAAUACUGUUGCAGCACGAUAGUCAUCUAUUGAAUGGAUUCUAUCAGGCAUUGAACAACACUUAUUUACAUUCCGAAGCAAAAAUAUCCGAAGAAAAUUUGGCGAAAUAUUUUCAAAAUUCCGAUAUGAAUCAUACGUUGGAUAUAAUGUUGUUAAUUAGCUGGCAACCAGUUCCAUUGUGGACAGUCAUCAAAUCGAUUGAUAUUUAUGUGCAAUUAAAUAAGGGCGUCGGCUUUCAAGUUCAAAUACUACUUGAUUUUCUUAAGCGUUCAGUGCGUGUUAUUAAGAAUAUGCCGGAGGUGGACGAUAUGACGGUGAGCAUUUUGCAAAAUAUUGGCAUCAACAAAUUGACAUUGGAACAAGUGCUUGGAUUGUACGAUAUAAUUCCACGUACUGAAAUACUGGACGGUUAUAGGCAACCGCUUGAUUUGCAAAAAUUCGAACUGAAUUUCGUUCAAUUGAAUAAUAUUUCAAUUGAAACAAAAAUCAAUUAUUUUCGGCACGCAAUACCGGUUAUUAAGGAUCAAUCAACAUUGUUGGACGAAUUUUAUGAGAAAAAUCGUUCGAUGAUCUGUUACUUUCCACACUAUGAAUUUCUACUCUUCAAUAAUAUGUGCACGGAGAAAUCGUUGAAGGAUGCAUUGUUCGUGCUCAAGCCGCGCAUUUAUAAUUUGAUGAAACCACAUGGUAACAUAACACUUGAAGCACUCAACUUUUCGGCAUCUUUACUCAAAUUUGUUGUCGAUAAAUUUGCAAGUGAUUGCAGUGAUGCAGCAACAUUUGAUGCAAUCAACAAAACGGUGGUCAAUUUUCAUGAUGUCAUUCGCAAGAAAUUGUAUGUCGACGGUCAUACGAAUAAAUUGAGCGAAAUUAAGGAACAAUUGACAACGAUCAGCAUGAAAAUGACCAAAUGCAUUGAACUCUAUCCGAAUAAGUUGGCCGUUUUGGGCGUGUUGGCCGAUGUUAUGAUGCUUGAAAAUGAAAAUAUUGAUUUAAGCCGUUUCAAUCCGAACAAUGAAAAUGAUGUGAGAGCUAUCCAGGGACUAUAUGACUGCUUCAUCGAUAAAAGCUAUGAAUUUAAACCAGCUCAUCAGGCCAAUGUGGUGCUUAAAAUUCUAAGUAAUUUCCGUCAGUUGGAAUUGGACAUUUGGAAAGCGUACCGUAUAUUGUUGGCUGGAAAGCUGGAUGUUAGUUGCAUAUUCGAGCAAACGCAUUCAUAUACUGCAUGUAAAAUUGAUGAAAUACUUGCUGAUGCUCUCAUUUAUGGGGUCGAACUGAAGGGUGAAGAAAAACAGGCAUAUGAUUUCGUGUCAUCUAAAUCUGGUUCCAUAACAUACAAUCAAAAGGUUCGUUUAACUGCAAUGCGUGCUAUUGCAGCAAAACAGCAACUGGAGCAAAUACAAAAUGUGAAAAAUCUAUUGUUUACUAAAAAUACCGAAAUCUAUCGUGUUCGGUAUUACACUAACUCCCAUCACCAUUCGAUGAAAUUACGAAUCACACAAGCAUUGGCAUUUUUAUUCCGUCUCGAUCCAAAAUGGGAUGGCCGUAUGUUAGAUAUAAUACUAGAAGAGGCAAAUCAAACGAAUGUAACACACAUCAAUGAGUUGAUUUUGGCCGAAACUGUUGAUCCAUUGCAUAUGCUAACAAUGAUUGAAAAUAUUGAAGGUAACAAAGGAUUGCAGUCAAUGUUCAUGAUGAUUUACUAUGUGUGCUCAAAAGAUCCAUCAAACAUUCACUUUGCAAGGGAAUGCAUUGAAUUCCUCAUCAAAUACAUCUUCGUGAAACAAAUAAUCGUUCGUACGUCGGCUCAGAUUGUUUUGAUUAAAUUGUGCGAAAAGUUCGAUUUGAUAAAUGAAUUCAAAAUACUUUAUGAUAGCACGAAAAUUGCGCACGAAGUCAAAGUGAGCCGUGCCCUUAAAUUUUCGUAUGCGUACAAAUAUCGUUUCGAACAAAUCGAUGCAAAUCAAAUGCUUCACACCAUGUACACAUUGAGAGAGAUUCCACGAAUCACAAAAAUGUUUUCCGACGAGUAUUACAAACAUGAAAUCUUCGAUUCAGAAGAGAGCAAUAUGGCGAUCAACAUGGACGAAGAUGAAAGUCUAACAGCACAAGAAAGCGUCGAUGUUGAGAUGGCUUUCAUUGAAAAUGGCGACGAUACAAUCAUUCAUCACGGCCAUGGUGGUAACGUUCAACGAAAAUUGGUCACCUAUCGUGAAACAUUCAUUGAUCGACAGAUUUUAAAUAGUUUAUCAGAUGAAUUUAUGCGCAGAGACAUGAAAUCCGAUAGCAAUCUCAUUAUUUUGGCAAGUCUUUUAACGAAGCCAGCUAAUUUGGGCGGUCUUUCACGUGCUGGUGAAGUGUUUGGUGUUAAAUCGAUUGCUUUGGAUAACCUUAAGCAUUUGAAACACAAUGAUUUCACAUCAAUCAGCAUGGCAUCUGAGAAGUGGGUUAAAUUUCUAGAAGUUAAACAUUAUAACGUUAUAAAUUACUUGAUGGCAAUGAAAGCAAGUGGAUAUGCUAUUGUUGGCGCUGAGCAAACAGCAUUCGGCGAUGAAUUGAAUAAAACGUCGUUACCAAGAAAAAUGGUCUUGGUUCUUGGUCAUGAAAAGGAUGGCAUUCCAGCUAAUAUACUGAAUCUGUUGGAUAUGGCAGUUGAAGUGCCACAAUUUGGCGUUGUUCGAUCGCUGAAUGUACAUGUAACUGCGUCAUUGUUUAUGUGGGAGUAUUGCAAACAACAUAUCAUUGCAGAUGCCAAAAUCAAUAUCAGCCGCUAAAAGAGAAUUAUUUUUGUUUGAAAAGCAGUUCUUAUCGCGAAAAGAGUAUUAACUUGUUAUUAUAAAUAUUAUACUUUUUCUAAUAAGAAAAAUGAAAAAUACGCAGAAAAAAUCUCAUCUUGUUAAAAUAAAAAAAAAUUGUUCAAUCAAAUUGAGUAAAAAAUAAUGCCAAUUCGCACUGUAAAUUAUGAAAUGAUAAAUUUUAUAUUUAUUAUAAAAAAUUUCUCAUUUUAUGGAACGUAUUUUAUCGAAACUAGAGAACAACCAAAAGAAUUUGAUAUAAUUUCGAGUUUCCUUCGAGUUGAUAUAGAAAAUAUAAUGUGGGAUAUAUCGGAUAGAUAUAUAUCUACCAUAUGGUAUUUAAGUUCUAUUUGGUGCCUUAAUUAUUAUUUCACCUUCCCUUAAUUUUUUUGGUAAACUCUGAAAUGGUCCUGGAAUGUGAUCACAUCCACAAACAUCUGGUUCUGCCUACCGUCGCAUAGAUUCUCGAUCAGGCUGAUAAAAUACUAAUUUAAAGUACGUUCCAUAAAAUAAUAAAAAUGUAAACUUGUCAAAAUCGAAAAAUAUUGUAUAUGAUCAAAUCGAUUUAAAAAAAAUCCAAAAUCGCAUUGUUAAAUUAUGAAAUGUUAAAUUUUAUUGCGAUAUAAUUUUAUUAAAUACAUUUGGAAUCGUCGGCGGUAC